AUGGUGCGCACCAUGGCGGCGCGCAUGGCCUCAAGGUCGGGCGCCGAGGCGCCCGCAGGAGCCGCGCGCUGCGAGGCCGGGGUGCUUGCCAUAGAGCGCCGUUGCUCUAUCGUGCUGAGGCGCAGGUCUAGCCCGAGGACGUCCUCGUGGAGGCUCAGGAGGUCACCCCGGAACGACCUGAAUUCAUCCCGCAUCUGCCUCAUCAUGCUGCUCAGCUCGGAGAGGGGGUCGGGACCGGAGCGAGUCGGCCCAGCAGACCGAGAGGCGGUGGGGGACGGCGCUGCUGCUGCGUCAGCGGGUGCGGGGUCCCGCUGGCUGCCGGGGCCAGAUGUGGGGCCACCCUCGGACGGCAGGGUACCCACUAGGCCGGCUGCAGCGGAGGGGCUGGCUGGAGCGCUGUAG